AUGAGACCGACAUCCAUCAUAGCCGGAGCAUCCCGACUACCUCUCACGCCGAAACGAGGUAACAAGGAUUUUUACAAGGGCACUGGUCAAUCGAGAGUGCCAGGUGGUGGUCAUCGUACUGGACCCCCGGGUGUACAUGUGGUGAAAGGGAAAGCAAAGUAUAGAGUAUUGGACGAGAAAGUCAGACUAUUCGUUGGUCCCGGUGCGAAAGUGUUGGAAGAGACUGAGCUUCGACCUUACGUAGCCACCCAACAGAUAAUAGACACUUCCAAGGGUCUCACCAAAUUCUUCAACCCAUACUCCAAAUCAUCUUCCAACCGACCUAAAUUCCCUUCUUUCUCACCUAUGCCUUUACCUCCAACUACAGAAGUAGACGGCGAAGUAGGUAAAUUGAGUAAGAAGGAUUUCACGCGGUUUUCAAAGAGGUAUCAGAAUCUGAGUGGGGAAGAGAAACAGGCGUUAAUUAUGGAUUUCAGAAGGAACUGGUUCAAUGAGAUGUCGAAUUAUUAUGGUGGAGGAGGAAAAUCCAACGAACAGGUCCAAGCGGAGGAGAGGGAGACGACAGAGUUGGAGCAGAGGUCAAAGGAGCAGGGUGGAGGAGAAACCCCAGCUCAGACGAAUGUAUAG